UGUAUGCUUUAGAAGUCGAUAGAUUCGUGUUUACAAGUCUACUCUAUAAGGAUUGUUGUUGACAAUGGAGAAACGAGUUUCCUGAACUUUUCUUGAUCGUUCUUCCAUCCAUCUAUAUAUAUAUAUACAGACCAAUUUCAUAAUUAUCGAUUUUCACCGUCUUCUUCAAAUCGAGAUGUCCACAACGACCGCAAAACCGCAGCGAUCGCCCGAGGAAAUCGAGGACAUAAUCCUACGAAAAAUCUUUCUUGUAACCCUAGUCGAUUCAAUGGGGAAUGAUACACGAGUUGUUUACUUGGAGAUGACGGCAGCUGAGAUUUUGAGCGAAGGCGGAGAAUUGAGACUUUCUAGGGAUUUAAUGGAACGUGUUCUUGUUGAUCGUCUAUCAGGUAAUUUCACUUCUGCGGAACCCCCUUUUCAAUACCUAAUUGGGAUUUUUCGUCGCGCUCAUGAAGAAGGGAAGAAGAUCACUAAUAUGAAAGAUAAAUCAGUUAGGGCUCAGAUGGAGUUAGUUGUUAAUCAAGCUAAGAAACUGGCUGUUUCUUAUUGUAGAAUUCACUUAGGCAAUCCCGAUAUGUUCCCUGAUUCCGAAAGAACUAAAUCUAAUGUUUCGCCAUUAUUGCCUUUGAUUUUCUCUGAGGUUUCUAGUUCACUUGAUGCUUUUGGUGGUAGUAGUGGUGUUGCCUCCUGUCCUCCUGGAUUUUUGGAUGAGUUAUUUAGGGAUUCUGAUUAUGAUACCAUGGAGCCGAUACUGAAGCAGUUGUAUGAGGAUUUAAGAGGGAUUGUGCUCAAGUGUUCUGCUCUUGGAAACUUUCAACAGCCAUUGAGGGCUUUGAUGUACUUGAUAAGUUUUCCAGUUGGUGCUAGAGCUUUAGUGAACCAUCAAUGGUGGAUUCCUAAAGGUGCGUAUUUGAACGGACGGGUUAUUGAAAUGACAAGCAUCUUGGGUCCAUUUUUUCAUGUUAGUGCUCUUCCUGAUCAAACUAUUUUCAAGGGUCAGCCUGAUGUUGGCCAGCAGUGUUUCUCAGAAUCAUCUACACGACGCCCUGCUGACCUUUUAUCAUCAUUCACGACAAUUAAAACCGUCAUGAACAACUUAUAUGAUGGCCUGGCAGAAAUUCUUAGGUCCCUCCUUAAGAACACAAGCACACGAGAGAAUGUGCUCCAGUAUAUUGCAGAAGUGAUCAACAAAAACGCAUCAAGGGCUCAUAUCCAGGUUGAUCCAAUAUCUUCUGCUAGUUCGGGCAUGUUCGUGAACCUUAGUGCCGUUAUGCUUCGACUAUGCGAGCCAUUUUUGGACGCCAAUUCCUCAAAGAAAGACAAAAUUGAUCCUAAAUACGUAUUUUAUGGUUCGCGUUUGGAUUUCAAAGAAUUAACUGCCCUUCAUGCAUCUUCGGAGGAAGUUUCUGAAUGGUUGAACAAAAACAACCCAACCAGUGCUAGCGGUGGAGAAAACAUGUUGCUAGAUUCCCAAGAAACUACGAGUUCUGGCAGUGGCACUGGUCUGCUACAGAAUAACAACAUGGCUUCAAGUCAACGUGAUUCUACAAAUUAUUCUUUUAUUUGUGAAUGUUUCUUUAUGACUGCAAGGGUCCUGAAUUUGGGGUUGCUGAAAGCUUUUUCCGACUUCAAGCAUCUUGUGCAGGACAUCUCGAGAUGUGAGGAUAGUCUAUCGACCUUAAAGACCAUGCAGGAGCAAGCACCUUCACCUCGACUGGUGCAGGACAUUGCUCGACUCGAGAAGGAAAUCGAAGCAUUUACACAGGAGAAACUAUGUUACGAAGCUCAGAUUCUGAGGGAUGGGGGACUUCUUCAACAGGCACUAUCUUUCUAUCAGUUAAUGGUGGUUUGGUUGGUAGGUCGUAUAGGCGGUUUCAAAAUGCCGCUGCCACAAUCUUGUCCUUUGGAAUUCGCAUGUAUGCCUGAGCACUUUGUGGAAGAUGUCAUGGAGUUGCUUAUUUUUGCUUCUCGAAUCCCCCGAGCUUUGGAUGGUGUCAAGCUGGAUGAUUUUAUGAACUUUAUCAUCAUGUUCAUGGCAAGUCCAGAGUACAUUAGAAAUCCCUAUUUAAGAGCAAAAAUGGUUGAAGUCCUGAACUGCUGGAUGCCUCGUAGGAGUGGCUCAUCGUCUGUCACAAGUUCACUUUUUGAGGGGCACCAACUCUCAGUCCAGUAUCUUGUGAAAAAUCUUCUCAAACUUUAUGUCGAUAUCGAAUUCACAGGCUCCCACACACAGUUCUAUGAUAAGUUUAACAUCCGGCAUAACAUCGCCGAACUUCUAGAGUACCUUUGGCAGGUUCCUGUCCACCAGAAUGCUUGGAAACAGAUUGCCAAAGAAGAGGAAAAGGGUGUUUAUUUGAACUUCUUGAACUUCCUAAUCAACGAUAGUAUCUUUCUUCUUGACGAAAGUCUCAACAAGAUACUUGAACUCAAAGAGCUAGAAGCUGAGAUGUCUAACACAGCCGAAUGGGAACAAAGACCAGCACAAGAGAGGCAGGAGAGAACUAGACUUUUCCACUCUCAAGAAAAUAUUAUUAGGAUCGACAUGAAGUUGGCUAUGGAAGAUGUGAGCAUGCUGGCUUUCACCACAGAGCAAAUUACGGCUCCUUUCUUGCUACCGGAAAUGGUUGAAAGAGUUGCGAGCAUGUUAAAUUACUUUCUUCUACAACUUGUGGGCCCCCAGAGGAAAUCUUUAAGCUUGAAAGAUCCGGAAAAAUACGAGUUUCGCCCAAAACAGCUGCUAAAGCAGAUCGUCAACAUAUAUGUCCAUUUGGCAAGGGGUGAUAAUGAGGACAUUUUCCCAGCUGCCAUUACAAAGGAUGGACGGUCCUACAACGACCAGUUAUUCACAGAAGCUGCAAAUGUUCUUAGAAGGAUCGGUGAAGAUCCAAGAAUUAUACAGGCGUUUGAUGAUCUUGGUAAAAAGGCUAAAGCUGCAGCAUCCGAAGCCUUGGAUGCUGAAGCUAUUCUCGGAGACAUUCCAGAUGAAUUCCUUGAUCCAAUCCAGUAUACUCUGAUGAAAGAUCCAGUCAUUUUACCCUCUUCAAGAAUCAUAGUAGACCGACCGGUGAUUCAGAGACAUCUCCUAAGUGACGCUACGGAUCCUUUCAAUCGUUCACAUCUUACACCAGAUAUGCUGAUUCCCGACACAGAACUGAAGCAGAAAAUCGAAGAAUUUGUAAGAUCACAACAGCGGAAGCAACAGAAUGAAGAGAUGAGUAUGCAAAGCAGCUCGAAAUCUUCGAUUCAAUCACCAGACGGGUUCCUCUUUUUGAAACUUGUAAAAUUUCAAAUUAUAUUAUAGACAUUCAGGCUACGUUUGAUGUUAAGAACAGAAACGAAUCGAGUUGCAUUUUGUACGAUUGAAUAAUCCUCUCGUUGUGACGUUUCUGUUUCGUGUUAAAUCAAGUUGCAUUUGGUACGAUUGAA